CUUUUUUUGGCUGGUCUCAUGAUGUCCCUUUGCAUCCCUUCUCUGCAUCUCUUAUGCUCGGGCUAGCAGAAAUCCCAACCGCCUUAGGCGAUAUCACGUGCUGAGAAGGACGCCUUCCGAAUUAGGAAUCGUGAGACUUCUCCUUCACCAACCACUAUCACUUCCCAUUGAGGGCUUUUUGCGCCGAUACUAUCCAAUUUUCAAUCACCAAUGGUUUGUUUGUUCCAUGCUAUGCAAUAUCAAGGAAGAAAAUUUCCCCAAUAUAUUCCCUUCAUCAACUCCUUUGCGUCGAAUACAAUCACAAUGUCAUCCAGUCAAAAGAAACCUUCCCGCUCACCAUCCACUGCUUCGUUGAACUCAUCCAAACCAGUCAAUAGUAACGUUGUGUAUCGGUGUUUGACACUUCUAGCGAUCCGAAUUCUCAAGCGUAUUCGACCUCGAGAAGGAAACGUCCUCAUGUUGACGGACGGACUAUGUGUCAAGUAUGGGCGCCGCGUUCAGUUAUCUGAAGCAUCAACAAUGCGAUUCAUAUCGCAACAUACAUCCAUCCCGGUACCAAGAGUUUUAUGCGCAUUUACCCGUUCCGGGAGGACCUACAUUGUGAUGGAAAGGAUCAAAGGAGACAUGAUUGGUAGAGGAUGGGUGAAACGAAGCGAGGAUUCCAAGGCGAAACUUCUUACGCAGUUAGCCGGAAAGGUUCGCGAGAUGCGGGACCUUCAGCCCCCACCAGGCAUUGGAGUUGCUUCUGUUGUUCGCGGAUCGCUUUUUGACUGUCGCGUUCCGGGCCCUUCCUUACGCUUCGGUCCCUUUGAUACCGUCCAGGAUUUCCAUCGGUGUCUACGUAUGGGCAUGGAAUUUGAUUCAAGGCUUGACCCUGAAAUUCAUGACCUCAUCAAACAACAAAGCAAGUCUUGGCCUCUGGUGUUUACUCACGGUGAUCUUAGCAGCCUCAAUAUUCUUGUACGUGGGGAUGAUAUCGUUGGUAUUGUUGAUUGGGAAACUGCUGGUUAGUAUCCAUCAUAUUGGGAAUAUACGUCUGCCCACCAAGUCA